AUGAGCGGCCUCAACUGGCCCCCGGCCCGAUCUGGUUGCAUUAUAUAUGCUGUUAAAAUAUAUUUUGGUGCUGUAAAUGUUUCGGAUGUAGGGGAAGCGGGCCAACAACGAUUGGUAGUCAAAAGAGAUCAUUUCAUAAUACACAAUGAAUGGAAUAGCAAUUUAUUUGCUAACGAUAUCGCAAUGAUAAAGCUUCCGAUGUCCCUAAUAUUUGACGACUACAUAAAAGCUGUCCAACUGCCAAAGCCAAGACUUCAAUACGAAUUCAGUGAAGCAACUAUCUCAGGCUGGGGACACCUUAACGGAAACUGGGAUCCCAGCUUGAAAUACCACAAUGCCCCGAUUUUACCUGAUCGUGACUGCGAACGUAUCUUUAAGUCUAUAAUAACUUCAGCAGUUCCAUCAUCGCUUAUUUGUAUAGCUACAGACGAGCACAGUCCGUGCAAAGGAGAUUCUGGUGGCCCAUUAGUAAUUUGGCAUGAAUCGAACUUUGUGCUACUGGGAAUAGCAUCCUUUAUAACUAACCCUGUUUGCCAGCCAGACUAUCCUUUGACCUGCUAA